AUGGAACAACCAGCAGACGGAAUCAAGGUCGUCGACGCAGAGCCUCAAGCUAUCGGUACAAACACUCAAGCUUCCUCAUUGAAUGCAAAUGCUUUUUUGAACAACACCUUGGAUGGUUUUGCUAGUUUGAGCUCUCGUUUCAAUCCUUUCGCUCAAAAGUUGAAUAAAAGUCUUGGACAAGUUCGACAGUAUGCACAAGAAAAAUUGGGUACAGCAGAAAGCAUCACUGAGUUACCCCAAGAAUAUAAAGAAUUAGAAAAGAAAGUUGAUGCUCUUAGAAGUGUUCAUACUAAUUUACUCAAAGUUAGCCGUACCUUCAACAGCUCUUCUUAUGAUUACCCUGUUCAAAUUCAAGAGUCGUUAAUCGGUAUUUCUAAUACCGUCACUAGAGAAUUCCAACACUUGGCAUUAUCUUCAGCUGCAGACCGUGCUGCAGGCUCUACUAAUACUAAUUCAACUGCUCAGGAUAAACCCAAUGAGGAACCGAAGACAUUACUCCAUGGUCUUUCUCGCGUCGCUGCUGAAGGCGCUCAAAACAUCGGUGUGGAUGAGCCUUACGGAACAGCUUUGUACAAAUACGCCACCAUCACUGAAAAAAUUGCCGAUGCUCGUGUUCAUAUGGACCGUGACAUUGUUGAAAAAUUCAACAAGCCUAUGCAAACCACAGUCAACACUACUAUUGAACAAGCUAUGAAAGCCCGCAGAAAUGUCCAAUCCAUCCGUUUAUCAUUAGAUGCCUGUAAGGCCAAAUACCGAUCAGCACGUCCUGAAAAGUUAGAAGCAGCAAGGUUAGAAGUGGAACAAGCUGAAGAUCAAUUUGUAGCCGCUGUGGAAGAAGCUACCAAUUUAAUGAAGGCAGCCCUUGAGAACCCUGAACCAUUUCGUAAUCUAGCGGACCUUGUUCAAGCUCAAUUGCAAUAUUUCAAACAAGCACAGGAACUUUUGUCUGAUCUGGCUCCUGAAUUAGAUGAAAUUCAAGUAACUCAGGAAUCAUUGUAUAGAAACAGUCGUGCUUAA